AGCUGCAUCUCCCCUCCCCUCUGCUGUCUCCCUCCCGUCUCUACGCGCACCCCAAACUGUUCUGCUCUGUCUGCUCUCUUCGUUGGCUUGGAGGCGCAUCGAUAACACUUUUCCUCAAUUCUUUCUGCUUACGUGACUUCUACACUAUUGUUUUAAUGUCACGACGGGAAAGAGACUUUUCAAAAUGGAGCUAUCACAAAAACUCCGUUGGGACCAAUUCGUGCUUUUGGCAGCAGCGCUUAUGUCACCUGCAUUAACGGUGCUGUGUAACGACAUACUCGGCCUCAAGGGGGCAGGAGAUCCAGUGUUGACACCUAACUCGGUGUGUCUGCGGCUGGCCGGGCUCAGCAAGCGUCAGAUGCGGAUGUGCGUCCGCAGCCCCGACGUGACGGCCUCCGCCCUGCAGGGCAUCCAGGUGGCGGUCCACGAGUGCCAGCACCAGCUCCGCGAGCACCGGUGGAACUGCUCCUCGCUGGAGGGCCACGGGAAGCUUCCCCACCAGAGCGCCAUCCUCAACAGGGGUUUCCGCGAGAGCGCCUUCUCCCUGUCCCUGCUGGCGGCCGGGGUGGCCCACUCCGUGUCCUCGGCCUGCAGCAUGGGCAAGCUGCAGGGCUGCGGCUGCGAGGCCAAGCGCCGGCUGGACGACGACAAGAUCCGCAUGAAGCUCACCCAGCUGCAGCUGCGCACGCUGCAGAAGGGCGGGGCGGGCGGGGGGCUGGCGCGCCCCCCCGCCGCCGCCCUGCACCCCGCCGGCCCCUCCGUCCUGCUGAGGCCCCCGCCCGACCAGGGGAGCUCCGUGCAGGAGACCUGGGAGUGGGGCGGCUGCAGCCACGACACCCGCUUCGGGGAGCGCUUCUCCCGGGACUGGCUGGACUCGCGGGGGUCGCCCCGGGACAUCCACGCCCGGAUGAGGAUCCACAACAACAGGGUGGGGCGGCAGAUCGUGACAGACAACACCAAGAGAAAGUGCAAGUGCCACGGCACGUCGGGCAGCUGCCAGUUCAAGACCUGCUGGCACGUGUCCCCCGAGUUCCGGCUGGUCGGGGCGCUGCUCAAGGAGAAGUUCCUCAUGGCCAUCUUUGUCAACUCCCAGAACAAGAACAACGGCGUCUUCAACCCCCGAGGUGGAGGAGGAGGAGGUGGAGGAGGAGGAGGUGGAGGAGGAGGAGGAGGAGGAGGAGAAGGAGGAGGAGGAGGUGCACGCCGCCGCGGCAGUGUAUCCCGGGAGCUGGUGUACUUUGAGAAGUCGCCAGACUUCUGUGAGCAGGAGCCUUCGCUGGACUCGCUGGGCACUCAGGGCCGCAUCUGCAACAAGACCAGCCGCAGCAUGGACAGCUGCGGGGCACUGUGCUGCGGCCGGGGACACAACAUCCUGAAGGAGACGCGCAGCGAGCGCUGCCACUGCCGCUUCCACUGGUGCUGCUACGUGCUGUGCGAGGAGUGCCGCGUCACCGAGUGGGUCAACGUCUGCAAGUAGACGCUGUGCAACCCCCCACCCCCCCCCCCCCCCCCCCCCCCCCCCA